CAAAAAGAGAAGUGCAAUUAUUGACUCUUUCUUCCCUCCGUCAAGACACGCGGAAAAGAACAAAGACGAGACGCGAGGGGGGAAAGGCGAGGGGGGAGGCGACGCGGUCGAGGCUCGAUUCCGAUCUCCAGUUCCCCGAUUUGUGCAUCCGAAUCGAACAGCAAUGGCAUCAUCUUCGGACCCAUGGGUGAAAGAGUACAAUGAAGCAUCCAGGCUUGCUGAUGAUAUUAGUUCCAUGAUUGCCGAUAGAGGGUCUCUUCCUCAAUCAGGCCCAGAAAUUAUGCGACACACUUCAGCCAUCCGGAGAAAAAUAACUAUUCUUGGGACUAGACUUGAUAGCCUGGAGUCAUUGUUGGCCCGAAUUCCUCCAAAGUCAAUAACUGACAAGGAGUUGCAUAAGCGCCAAGACAUGCUUUCCAAUUUGAAGUCUAAAGCAAAACAGAUGGCUACAAGUUUCAACAUGUCAAACUUUGCUAACAGGGAGGAUUUGCUUGGUCAGAGUAAAAAAGCUGAUGAUAUGAGCAGAGUUGCUGGGCUGGACAACCAAGGGAUUGUUGGUCUUCAGAGGCAAAUUGUGAAAGAACAAGAUGAGGGUCUUGAGAAGCUGGAAGAGACAGUACUCAGCACAAAACAUAUUGCAUUAGCAGUCAAUGAAGAACUUACUCUGCAUACAAGACUGAUUGAUGACUUAGAAGAUCAUGUUGAUGUUACGAACUCACGUCUUCAGCGUGUGCAAAAGAGGCUUGCGAUUCUGAACAAGCGCACCAAAGGUGGCUGCUCAUGCAUGUGCUUGCUGUUGUCCGUUGUCGCCAUAGUGAUUCUUGCUGUUAUCGUCUGGCUUCUCAUUAAGUAUCUGUAAAAGAAAAGGGGAGCACCCGAGUGCAGACAUGUUGUGCAGAACUGACAAGGAGUUGCAUAGUAGUACCCGAGGAGGUCUCGUCACUUGCUGUGUUGCUCCAUUGAAAUGUGCAGUCUUUUAAAAGUAUAUGGUGGUUCCGGUCUCAUCUUUCUUCUCGCGAGUGGAAUGGUUAUGCCAACAUGUACAUUACACUGUACCUCCUCGUUCCGACAUGAUCAGCAAUCUGUGUAUGAGACUGCCACAUGUGGCCUUUGUGAGUUUGCAAUGAGAAGCGUGGACUCAUUAUGUGUGGUUAUAAGCGCUAUGUUUCAGGUUCC